GCCAUAUCGUGACCUGAUCACGCCUGCACCCGCGAAAAAAAAACGAUGUAUUACUAUGGGCAUAACGUACGAGGACUCUACGGCGUAACCUAAUCGUUCAUCAACCUGCCCUACCAACCAUUAAUGCUGCGCUGCCUGCCUGGCAGUACAAUACUAUCAUGCAUGAAGGAUGCACGCUGCAUGGUUGGGCAAUGGGAGCGCAGACCACCUAGGACUCCAACCAGCCCUGGCAAACACCAUGCAAUGCCAUUGAAAAGCCGGGAAGCCCUCCAGAGACAACAAGCAACAGCUCGAGUGGCUGACGAUCUAUUGUUUUCGGCUUGCAGGUGCAGCCGGAGGCGAGGCGAAGGUCCAAUGAAUACAUUGUCAUCCUCUCGACCGCGACCUUCCAUUAUUUAUUUUGAUCAGCAAACACACGUGCUUUCGCGUAAAGUGCUUUUCAUCCUCAGGUGAAGGCGGCAUCCACUCACGUCAAGUUGAUUGCUUUUGGGGAGCCUCCGCGCUUGUUUCCCAAAAUACCACUGCAUAGUACAAGAUACGGACUGGAAUUCAACAGGCGUUAUUAUCCAAUCUCCUUGCUGAAGAUUGACAUAAUUUGCACAACAUAUGUGGUAUAUAAUUUAAAAAGGAGAAACGGUAUGAAAGUGGUAGAAGCUCUAUUUCGGACGAUCUUGGGUCAUUAGAAUUAUUCCUCCUGUUGUACAUUUAUCCAACGCAUCUAAACCCCGGGCAUUCCAAUUACACUUCUCAGUGCAGGUAUCGCUCUUGGGAGGAAAUAUACCACAAAUAUACCGCUGAGUGCAACGAGAAGCCCAGUAAGCUGUAUUAAUGGUUAGUCAAAUCUCAAAAGCACAAUCAACAAACUUGGGCAUACCUUUUCAAACCAAGUGUGAAAAUAUGCAGCCGUCAUUAGCAACAUAUACACACUUAAUGCACCAACCCCCACGCCCACCCUUGCUCCGAUAGUCCACUGUCUGGGUCGCUCAACUGUACUAUCAUAUCCGCCCAACGUCGCCUCAACCUCUGCACUCUUCACCGCUCCAUCAGCCAUCGACACCGUUCGUUGUUCCUUGGUCAUCUGCGUUUUCAAAACCACAUGCAAGAUUUCCUCGAAAAUAAACAUGCUCCCCAGCACCAGCAGAAAAACGUGUCCCGAAAUAUCAUGUCCGCCCUUCCAACUCCCUCCAACGGAUUUGCAUGCCACACUCGUAACAAACCUCCUCACUUCAUCCAUAUCCGCUCCCUCCUUUCGCACCAACUCACAUUGUCCCCCCGUAGCCACAAACCCACGAUCAAUAAUCGCCGGUCCAAAGAACCAUUGUGUCACGAAUAUCCACCAUAAAGUGACAAUUCCAUACCGCAACGUUCCUCGUAUCCUUUUUGGUGUUAUGACAAAGGUUAAAGGCGGUCCCGUGGAGGGAUGCGUAAAUAGGAAGAGGAAGUAGCUGAGCGUUAUCCAUGCCCAACCUAUUUUGACAAAGAACUGGUUAAAGACGUUGCUUUUCUUUGCAAAGUAAGAGGGGGCUGUGGCCGCGUGGUGCGAUUGUGUUUGUGCGUUGUAUGGAGCAUUUCUUGCUGAAGGGUCGAGGAUGGCAAAUAUUGACCCUAGGACGAGUAUUGUUGGGUAUAUUGAGAGGAGAAAGGUUUCGAGAGUGGUAGGAAGAAUUGGCGAUCUUCGCGCAGUAUGUGCAGACAUCGUUUUUAGUGUUGGCAUAUUGCCAGAUGUAGGUGACGAUAUUGAGGAAGCUUGUAAGGGAGACUUUUUAUUGCGUUGUGAGGGUCGAGGUGUCAAGGCAGGAGAAUCCAUUCUGUGUUGAUUAUAACAUUGGGUAAUACGCGAUCGGAAAUGAGGCAGGUUGAUAGACAAUUCGUUGUGGCAAGUGUAGGCAGCCAGAGUGAUGUUGUGGACAGAAUUCCAUCGUCGUUAGUCCAAGGCAAGGACUGGAACCUCCACAACGUCAUCCGAUUCUGAUGUGGCGUUGAGUGGCUUGCGUGACGCUAAAAAGGCGUGCCAAGGAUAGCUCGCGCCUAAUUCAGUACCGAAGGAUUCGGAUCGGAAGUCCAACGGGCCGAGAAUUGACUGGUUGACCAGGCAGAGCUCUUCCCCGCCAAAAAGAGUUCAAGAAAACCAACAGGUGACAACACCUUCUCAAUUCAGCAUGUAACUUCACCACAUCUCCGCAUGUGCCAAUAAAGCCCAGCUCACCCCUCCGAACCAGCGAGACCACAACUCCGUCCACUCCUCAACAUGGUUUCCACUCGCCGCACCAAGGAGUUUCCCGAACAACUCGACACUCCCUCAAGGUCGAAUAUUCGGGCAAGCACUCCAUCCAAAUCCGUCGCAACCCGCAAAUCAAAAUCAGCGGUGCCUAAUUCACAAUGGGCGCACAUGGCCACGCCCACAACGCUUCUCUGGCUAUUCGUCUCUCUGCCCCUUGUUAUUUGGGAUACUGGCUAUGUUCUCCUGCGUCCUCAUAGCAUGCCAGGCGGCUCUUUGCACUGGCCAAUCUGGAGUCCGUAUGAAUUGUACGGACAAAUUGAUUAUGUAUAUGGAUGGAAAGCAUUCAACGAGGGAAAUGGCUUUACUGCCGCGCAAGGAACUCUGAAUGUUAUCGAAACGGCCAUGUACUUGUAUUACUUGUACGUGGUCUUGUCGCAUGGACAAAAAACAAAAGUGCUGGGAAAGAAGAGGCCAGUUGGUAGUAGGAUUGUCGGGGAGUUGACUGUUGGUGGACGUCAAGGUGCGGGGGCCGUGCUUGUAGGAUUCAGUGCUGCAGUCAUGACUUUGAGCAAGACAGUAUGUUGUUUCUAGACUAAAGGUGGAUUUGUGUGCUAAUUGCAGUAGGUAUUGUAUUGGGCCAACGAGUACUAUUCUUCGUUUUCGAAUAUCGGCCAUAACACGGCUGUUGAUUUAUUCUUCAUAUGGAUCAUUCCCAAGUAAGCCAUUCCCCCGCCCUUGGGUAACCAUAUCUAAUUUGAAUUAGUGGCGCAUGGAUUGUUCUUUCGACGUACAUGACCUACAUAAUGGGUAGCGAGAUCUUGGAGGGUCUCUCCCUAGCGGCAGGUGGAGCAAGUUUUUCAUCUGAUGAUGAGAAAUCAGAAUAA